AUGCACCGCCACGCCUUGAGCCAAUCGGCAAAGGAACUUCCGAUUCAAAAGGAUUCGGCAUUUGAUGCAGGAGAGUUCAAAUCGUUCAAAUCCACCGCAGCAUUCGCUCUGGAUGUUGUAACUCUUCAGUGCUUUCAACUUUACACCAGUAUCACAACAAGUGACCGUUUAGAGACAGGAACAGCACGGAUACCUGAGCUGGUUUGGAUUUUUGUUCGCACGUUGCAAAACUGUGACGUGCCUGCGAGAUCAGGUGUUUCUUGUGGAUGUGUUUGCAAGAUGCCAAAGCUUUCCAAAUUUCGCUUUGCACUGCCCGGAGCAUUUUGCUUGAAGGCAAAGUGUCAAGAGAGUCAAGACCCUUCGCCUUCUCAUUUAAGCAUUGAACAUUUCAAAGCAGGCUUCUUGUUGAAUCUCCAAAGUGAUCUUGUGAAGAGAGAAGCAGAAGAAGCCGUUGGACCUUCAAUUUGGUGA